AUGAACCUGAUAUUGAUUUACAUAAAUGUAGAGAAAGAGAAAAAUAUAUGUAUUAAAAAUAUAGAUAAAUGUGAUGGAUUAAUACAACAAAGAGUGGAUAGUAACAAAGAUAAAGAGAUAGCUGAAAGAGAUGAAGAUAUAAGUGUGAUAAUUAGCAAAAAUGUUAGUAACAAUGAAAGCAAAAGUGACAAUUCUAAUCAAGCUAGAUUAGAGAAGAAAAAUUUUAAAGAAAACAAUAUUGAAAGUAAUGAAUCAAUUGGUAAAGUGGAUGAUCGAGGAUUGGAUGACUUGGAAGCUAAAGUUGACCAGUUGUUGUCAGAUAUGAAGAAUAGUGAUGGUAAAUCUGCAGAUAUCUGA